AUGGCCUGCGCGGGCCGGGUGCUUGCGUUUGACUACGGGAACGGCGCCUCGGUCCGCAUCAGGGAGGGCCCCUUGGGCGACGGCCUGGGCGCGCGCGUGUGGGCCAUCGCGCACGCGCUCUGCCGCGAGCUGGCGGGCGCGCCCGCGGCCGUGGCGGGGCUGGACGUGCUGGAGAUCGGCGCGGGCACGGGGCUGUGCGGCAUCGUGGCCGCGAAGCUCGGGGCGCGGCGCGUGGUCCUGACAGACAACGAGCCGCCCGUCCUUGAGAACCUGCGCACGUGCAUGCACCUGAAUGCGGGUGCUGACGGCCGCAGCUGCCCAGGCACCAGCACCGCCGACCACGCAGGCCCGAGCGGCGGCGGCGGCCCGAGCGACGGCCUGUCGGGUGAGGGGCCGAGCGAGGCUGCGGCUGCCGACGGCUGCGGGACGGGUGCGGCGGCCGGCGACCGCGGCGGCGAGGAGGGCGGCGGCGGGCACUUCCACGGCAUAACGGAUGCAGAGUUGUUUGAUGACGCAGAGUCGGUGGACGACCUGGAUUUCUCUGAGCUGGCGUGUGCAGGCGGCAGCGGCGCCUACGAAGAGGGAAAUGGCCACGGGCCGGGGCCGGGGGGCGGCGGGCGCGGCGCGGCUGGGGCGGCGCAGGCCGCGGCGGCGCGCGGGGAGUGGGAGGCGGCUAACAUGGAGGUGCGCUUGCUGGAUUGGCGGGACAGCCUCGACGUCCUGGACGGCGGCGGCGCUCGCGCCGACGCGCUCGAUGCCGGCGCAGCCCCUGCGGCCGCGGCCGGCGGUGAGGGCGCCCCUAGUGUGCCCGAGGCGGAGAACUUUGCCCUCAUUCUGGGCAACGAGACGAUGUACGAGCCGGAGCAUGCCACCCUCGUGGCGGCUGUGAUUGCGCAACGCCUGGCGCCCGGCGGCCGCGCGCUGCUCUGCUCGGCCGUGCGCUUCAAAGACGUGUUUGAGGCCUUCCGGGCGGCUUGCGCAGGCCGCGGCCUGCGGCACCGAUCGGCGCGCGUGUGGCCGCGGCCGGAGGACUGCGACGGCGGCAUACUGCGGGAUGACUACGACGGCGGGUUCCUGCUGAUAGCGGUGGACUGGGCGGACACGCCCAGUUCAGACUGGCACCGCGACGACUUUGAGUAA